GUUGCAAAUACACAGUUACUAGAGCGGGGCUAGUCAGCGGUCAAAACAGUCAACAUCUCCAGCUAACUUACAAGCGAUUACUAGAUUAAUUAAGGAGUUUCAAAUGAGUUUAGUUUAACACUAAACAUUUACCCUCGGGCUUUUUGUGUUCAGCAAGAAGAAACGAUGGAUAUUAACUACUAUUUUCAGGCCUUCGAGCUGAGUGUGCAGAGCUAUGCUGGAGAAGACCCGCUGGAUCCCUGGGAUAAGUUCGUGCAGUUCCUGGAGAGUAGGCUGUCUCUGGAGGAGAGGAAGGGCAUGUGUGUGGUUCUGGAGCGGCUGGUGCAGACCUUCCUUCAGGAGGAGCGCUACCACAACGACCCACGAUACAUCACUCACUGCGUCAGAUGUGCGAACCUCUGCAGCGACCCCAGCGAGGUGUACAGCUACCUGCACGGCCGGGGCGUGGGAACGCAGGCGGCGGCGCUCUACAUCGACUGGGCCCGUCAGUAUGAGGAGAGAGGCCAGCUGUCCGAGGCUGAGACGGUGUACCACAGAGCUCUGGAGAGCAAGGCUCAGCCGCAGGACCGUGUGCUGCAGCAGUACAGGCUCCUCCAGGGCCGGAUGUGUGCGAGCGCUCCCACAGCAGCAUCAGACUCCGAUCAUGUGCGGCAGCCUCUUCAGAACUCACAGCUGGUGAACCAGAACCCCAGACCGAGAGACACCGCUCAGGCACAGUGCAAGGAUCCAGAAGAGCCCUCUCCUGCUCCUAGAAUGGUGCGAAUAAUCUCCCGCUCGGAGAAUAACCCGGUCCGGACGGGGGGUAACAGUGUGGAGUGUGUGUCCAUGUACUGUGUGAACGAGCUGCUGUGUGAGGGGUCAGAGCUGUCCUUCGAGGAGCUCAGAGCCAGACGCUACUUUGCUAAACGCAGCCAACAGGAAGAACAGCGCAGACUGGCUGAGGAGCAGCGCAGGCUUUGGGAAGAGGAAGAGGAGGUGAGGAAGAUGAAGCAGCUCUUGGAGGAUCUGGAGAAGAAUGUGACUCUACAGCCAGAGCAGGCCUCUCUCACGGGAGCUGAAGCCCCAGAGCCUCAGACAGGACUGCAGCUCCACACCGAGCUCUCCGCAGGGCAUGCUGGGACACGGGACACCAGCCGUGUGAGUCUGCUGGGACAGAUGGAGAGCAGCGCAGUGCUGCAGGAUCACACACAUCACAACACAUCCCUGAUCCACAGCACAGAGCCAGACGCGGCGUGUGAUCAGGGUGAUGUGGAUGCACACACAGACCUGUCAUGUGGCGGGUUCAAUCACUCUCAUGUCACUCCAAACACGUCUCUGGGUUUCGCUCAUGCCACACCGUCCCGUGCUCUGCCUUCUCCCACUGUCAACACGCGUGAGGCUUUGGGUGUGAUCAUGGACAUGUUUCAGGCUCCCACCCUCCUCCAGGAGUCCAUGUUCAACAGCACUGUUCUGCCGGAGGACAGCUUCGAGAAGAGCUGCAGAAUCAGUAGCGCUCCCUCAUGUGCUAAAGCUCCCAGCACGACUCCGUUCAUGAUUUACCAGGACCAAGAUGAGCAGGAGAGCGGAGGGUCUGGUCCGGACAGAAACCAAGCCCCGCUGACCCGAGCGCUGAUGGAGAUCCCAGUGUCCAAGGCUAAUGACACUCCAGUCAGCGCUGAGUCCAUCACGGAUGAGAGCACGCUGUGGGCAGCGCGUAACGUCUCUGUGGGCCCGUGUCCCAACCACACGCGUGACUUCGCCCUGUCCGCUCAUCUGGUGUCCACACCGCUCCACCCUCAUGCUCCACACUCAUGGGACAUGGAGGAGGUGCAAGAGGAAAGCACCGGGGUCAGGGGCAUCAGCGGAUCAGAGGACAACCCCUUCAUACGACAGCCCACCAAACUCAGUCCCAUCAUGGAGCAGAGUCCGGCGGAGGAGAAGCCGGCGGAGCUGGCCGAGUGCAGCAUGCGUGCUCAGGGCACUAUUGUUGGGGAAGGGGUGUCAUUAGCUCAGACGAGUCAAGGGCUGUCUCUGGCCCAACACAGCCAAAGCACUUGCAGCAGCAGCAGACAUCCUCUGGCCGCCUUGUCCUUCCCCGACAACAGCGUCCUGAGGACACAAGACGAGUCCAUGAGGAGCAGCACCAGACCCAGCUGGAGCAUUUAUCAGAGCCCAGAGAAAGAGCCCACACUCCCAGAGACCCACACAGAUGCUCCUCUCGAUCAAGAAAGAGUUGAAGUCCUCCUCCCGAAGAGGUCCUUUCACAGGCGUAAGUCAGGGAGAAAGCCACUGGAAGAGAACCAGGAUGUGUUUCAUGAGCAAGAAGCUCUCAGGAGUCAGAACGCGGCCCUGGGACUGCACUGGCUCCAGAUGAGCAGCUCCACACACGCAGCAGAACCAGAGCUCGAUGUCAUGAAGAGUCCUCCCGCAGUCUCCUGGACGCUCCACCAGAGCCCAGAGGAAGCUCCUGAAACAGACUUCCUGUGGGAGACGGAGCCAGUGGGACAGAAUUCAGAUGUGCUCCCAACACAGGGAGAAGUAGAUGUUCUGCUUCCAAAGAAAUCAUUCCAGCGGCGGAAAUCAGGGGUAAAAGCGCUGCAGGCGUUGCAUGAAUCUCUCCUAAUGAGUCCAAAGCAAGCCCUUAAACCGUCCCAGGAGGAGCCCAGGAGUCCAGAGCCCACACCAGGUCUAGACUGGUUCUGCACAGACAGUGAACCAGAUUUGGAUGUGAUGGCCAGCCCACCGCAGAGCUGCCGGACACCAGAUGCCCCCAUGAGCCCCAUGGACACAUCCAGAGCAGUCUGUGUCCAGCUGCUGUCUGACCCGUGGGAUGAGGAGCUGAUCGUGUCUCUGCUGUCCAGUCUGGAGCCUCCUCUCUCCUCCCACCACAACCUCACCGUCUGGAGCUAUGGCCUGCCCAACAUCACGCCCAAAAUGACCGUCCAGAUCGCUGGAGAGGCGCUGCGAGUCGACUUUGUUCUCGGACAGGGAGCGUUUGCCACAGUGUACCAGGCCACCAACCUCAUGAGCUCACAGAAACUCUUCCUGAAGGUGCAGAAGCCAGCGAACCCAUGGGAGUUUUACAUGGACAGCCAGCUGAACGCCCGCCUGCAGCCCAGCGUGCGGCACCUGUUUAACACCAUAUACUCUGCCCACCUCUUCACCAACGGAAGCGUCCUGAUCGGAAAGCUGCACAACUGUGGCACGCUGCUGAGUGCUAUAAACCUGUACAAGAGCCGCAGUGAGAAGGUGAUGCCACAGCCUCUGGUGCUCUACUUCACCGUCUGCAUCCUGCACAUGGUGGAGCAGCUGCAUCAGGCCAGGAUCAUACACGCCGACAUCAAGCCUGACAACUUCCUGUUGGGAGAGAGGUUUCUGGAGAAUGACUGCUUUGAGCAGGAUCACCUGGAGCACGGCCUGGCUCUGAUUGACCUCGGCCAGAGCAUCGACAUGACGCUUUUCCCAGAAGGCACUGCGUUCACUGCCAAGUGCAUGACUUCAGGCUUCCAGUGUGUGGAGAUGCUGAGCGGCCGACCCUGGACCUACCAGACUGAUUAUUUUGGGAUUGCGGGGACGGUCUACUGUAUGAUGUUCGGGACGUACAUGCAGGUUAAACAGGAAGGUGGCGUGUGGAGAACCAAUGGUGUUUUCAGAAGGAACAUUCACUCUGAUCUGUGGCAGGACUUCUUCCACACGCUGCUGAAUGUGCCGGACUGCAGCUCUUUGCCAUGUCUGCGAAGCCUUCGCCUGCGACUCGACGCCGUCCUGCAGCAGAAUUACAGCAGCAAACUGCGCAGUCUGAAGAACAGACUGGUGGUGCAGAUCCUGGAGGCUCGCUCCUCACGCAGAUGAUCCUCCGAGGCUUCAUUCAGCCGUAUUCAGACACUGUUACCUCUCUGUAGCUGAGACGCUGUCUGUGUAGAAUGAUACACACUGCUUUCUUUUCACUGCUCCUUCCUUUUACUCUGCCGAUUUUAAAUUGUAAAAAAAGCCAAUGAAGCCUUUUGUAGAUUUCAAUAAAUCUUGGUUCAGAAA